ACAACUCAGUAAGUUGAUGCGAAUUCAGGGUAUUCAACAAUAAGUCACAAUCCCACGUAACAAACUCGGAGUCACUUUGAUGCAUUGAAUAGAUUUGAAUUCCAACUGUCGAGUUGUAAGCAAGAAAUUCAAGUUAUCUAUUUCUUUAUUGACAUCCAUGUCUUCUCACUAACUCUUGUACAAACAGUGCGAUUCAGAAAUUACCCAUCACACAUAUUUUAUUCUGAUUUAUCAUUAUAAUCUGAGCAGGUCUGUAAUUUAGAGGCUAGACCACUUUGGGUUGGAAAUCUUUUUUCUACAUCUGCGUUACUUCCUUUCGCCUUAUAAAAAUUUAUCUUACCAUAGUGAAUUAAAGAUAAAUGUUCCAGGUCUAGAUGGUUGUGUUCAUUCCUGAGAAUAUGUAACGACAUUAAUCUGUAGUCAAACUUAAAAUGUACAUCUCAAUGUUUUACAUGUUAAAAUAUACAGUCUGAUAACUUGAUAUGUAUUUACUUCCCUAGUCCUGGGUUUCUAUUUCAUCCAUUGAAGGCUAUACGUUAUAUUUUAUAUACAGCUUGUGUAUCUGCUCAGUGCAUGAAAGUUAAUAAGGCUGAUGGCUCAUGUGGAUAGUGUUGUUAUUUUCUUUUGGCACACAUGCCGAACUACAAUAUGUUUUCGGUGUGAAAUGAUGUGAUUCAGAAAUCCUGGCACUUGUGAAACGUUAAUCCGAUAAUACGAUAGAGUAGUGGACUAGGAUGCUUGCCAUUGAUCAUUCAUUCUAAUUCACACUGUUCCCGCUAUUCUCCAGGUACCUCGAGUUAGGAGCCGAAUUUUAAUUGGGGCUUGGUUACUUUUCACUUUAAUUUCCAGUUUCUAUUUCACCUACUUAUAGUGCCCUAUCUCAUUUUUUCUACAUAUAUAUUGUAUUACAUAAAAGUACACUGUUCUUCAUUAUGUUUACGAAGUUGAUUCGCUUAAUGUAAUUUGACAAGAAUUCUCACAAUAAGCAGCGUACAGUUUACCGUAGAACCUUACCUGGACGGUCAAAAUUACCCAUAGAAUUUUCACAAAUUCUUUUUCAUCAAGAUAUAUUACUGUAAUAAAAACGAUUUGAAUUAUGAUGUCUCUUUCUACCUUUGUCGAGUAUUCACCAUUAGACAAAUAGUCCUAGAGUAGGACAUAAUUUUCCAAGUCAUAUGCUGUUUUCAUACAUGCUACACUGUGUCUGGAACUUACGAAAUGUUAUGUAUUUAUGUAUAGUUGACGAGUUAUUCAGUCGACUUAACAAGUAAUAUUAUUAGUUAGUUGCUAAGAAACAGGGUGAACAUCUAACUGGUAUGCCUGGUGCUACUCAAGGUCCUGUACCAAUUAUACGUUUGUUCGGUAUAACUGAAAAGGGUCAUAGUGUAUGUGCGCAUGUGCAUGGUUUUCUACCAUAUUUCUAUGUACCAGCACCGAAAGAUUUUUCAACGGAUCAUUUGAAUGCUUUUCGUGAAGCCUUAAAUUCUAUGUUAUUAAAAGAGAAGUCAAAAGAGUUUGAAGGAUUGCAACACCUCGUGCUUAGAGUUACAUGUGAAGAGAAACGAAAUGUAUAUGGUUUUCAUGGAAAUCGUAGUCUACCAUUUCUUCGUAUUACUUUGGCAUUGCCACGUUUAAUUGCACCAGCUAAACGUAUAUUAGACAAUGGUUUAUCAUUUGCUGAUUAUUCAUUACAGUCAUAUCCUGCUUUUGAAGCGAAUAUUGAUUUUGAAAUACGUUUUAUGACUGAUACACAAAUGACUGGAUGUAGUUGGGUUGAAGCACCAGCACAGAAAUAUCACUUGAGAGAUUCUACAAAGAAAUCGGAUGAUGUGAAAAAAUCCAUAAAUCAAAAAUUAAAUUCUGUUAAUUCUUCAACGACCUAUACUACAAAUGGUUAUAGUAGUGUUGCAAAAAAUGGUGUUGAUGAUCACUCGACAUUGUUAACUAGUCAAACAAGAUGUCAAAUUGAGUUUGAUAUAGCAUGGGAUGCUUUGAUUGUUCAUUCACCUGAAGGUCAAUGGAGUAAUAUCGCACCAUUACGUGUACUGAGUUUUGAUAUUGAAUGUGCCAGUCGUAAAGGUGUAUUCCCUGUACCCGAUAAAGAUCCAGUUAUACAGAUUGCUAAUAUGGUUACUAACUAUGGGGAAACAACACCGUUUAUACGUAAUGUAUUCACAUUGAAUACAUGUGCACCAAUUGUUGGUUCACAAGUUAUUUGUCAUCAAACGGAACAAGAACUGUUAGCUAAUUGGUCAGUGUUUGUGCGUGAAGUUGAUCCAGAUAUAAUCACUGGUUAUAAUAUACAAAAUUUCGAUCUACCUUAUCUUAUUAAUCGUGCUAACACCUUAAAAGUUGAUGGUUUUGAAUUUCUUGGUCGUAUACGUGGCGCACGUUCUACAAUACGGGAAGCUAUGACUCAAUCAAAACAAAUGGGUCGUAGAGAGAAUAAAUUUGUAAAUAUUGAUGGACGUGUACAGUUUGAUUUAUUACAGAUAUUAUUUCGUGAUUAUAAACUUCGAAGUUAUACAUUGAAUGCAGUGAGUUAUCAUUUUCUUGAAGAGCAAAAAGAAGAUGUACAUCAUAAUGUCAUUACUGACUUACAAAAUGGUGAUGCUCAAACACGAAGACGUUUAGCUGUUUAUUGUUUAAAAGAUGCUUAUUUACCAUUACGUUUAUUAGAUAAAUUAAUGUGUAUUGUAAAUAAUAUUGAAAUGGCUCGGGUUACUGGUGUACCAUUAACAUACCUACUUACACGGGGUCAACAAGUCAAGGUUGUGUCUCAGUUAUUGCGUAAAGCCCAUGAACAUGGUUAUUUAUUGCCAACAUAUCAGUCGCAACAGGGUGAUGAAUUCGUCGGUGCAACAGUACUGGAACCACGCAAAGGUUUUUAUAAUGAACCGAUAGCUACAUUAGAUUUUGCUAGCCUAUAUCCAAGUAUAAUGAUGGCUCAUAAUCUAUGUUAUACAACUUUGUUACAAGUGAAUACAACACCACAUGGUUCAACGGGCGGUGGUAUUCAAGCACUUGUUCAACGUUAUAAUUUAACUGAUGAAGAUUACAUUAAAACACCGACUGGAGCGUAUUUUGUUAAAUCACAUAUCUGUCAUGGUAUUUUACCGGAAAUUUUACAACAGCUUUUAAGUGCCAGAAAAAAAGCUAAAGCUGAACUUGCUAAAGAAACUGAUCCAUUACGUAAGCGUGUUUUAGAUGGACGUCAAUUAGCAUUAAAAAUUAGCGCUAAUUCUGUUUAUGGAUUCACUGGUGCACAAGUUGGUAAAUUGCCUUGCUUAGAAAUAUCCGCUUCUGUUACAUCAUUUGGACGUUUAAUGAUUGAACAAACAAAAUUACAUGUUGAAAGUAAAUUCAAUAUUGCUAAUGGUUAUAAACAUGAUGCUGUGGUUAUUUAUGGUGAUACAGAUUCAGUGAUGUGUAAAUUUGGUGUAUCCACAGUAACGGAAGCUAUGGAAUUAGGUCGUAAAGCUGCCGAAAUUAUAUCUGAAGAAUUUCCUAAACCAAUUCGAUUAGAAUUUGAAAAGGUGUAUUGUCCAUAUUUAUUAAUCAAUAAAAAACGUUAUGCUGGUUUGUAUUUUACAAAACCAGAUCGACACGAUAAAAUGGAUUGUAAAGGUAUUGAAACUGUACGUCGUGAUAAUAGUCCAUUGGUGGCUAAUUUAAUCAAUGCAUGUUUAGAGCGUAUAUUGAUUGAUCGUGAUCCAAACGCAGCGAUUAGUUAUGCCCAAUCAGUGAUCUCAGAUUUAUUAUGCAAUCGUAUUGACAUUUCACAAUUAGUUAUUAGUAAAGAAUUAACAAAAACCGAUGAAGAAUACUCUGGUAAACAAGCUCAUGUAGAAUUAGCUGCAAAAAUGCGUAAACGUGAUCCAGGCUCAGCGCCAAAUUUAGGCGAUCGUGUACCUUAUGUAAUUACUGCUGUAGGUGGGAAAAAUACAGCAGCUUAUGCAAAAGCUGAAGAUCCUCUUUAUGUAUUAGAGCAUAAUAUACCGAUUGAUACAAAGUAUUAUUUGGAAAAUCAAUUAGCUAACCCUUUACUACGUAUAUUUGAACCAAUUUUAGGUGAAGUGAAAGCAAAAUCUGUACUGUUAAAUGGCGAACAUACACGUGUAAAAGCUGUGGUACACUCUACUGUUGGGCAAUUAUCAGCUUUUACAAAAGUACGUGCAUCAUGUAUUGGAUGUAGAACAUUAUUACCUGCUGAUAAAACAGACGCAGCUUUAUGUAAAUAUUGUGAAUCACGUGCAUCAGAGAUUUAUCAAAAAGAAAUUGUACAGUUAAAUUUAUUAGAGAAAAAAUUCACUUCUUUAUGGACAGAAUGUCAACGUUGUCAACAAAGUAUACAUGAAGAAGUUAUAUGUACCAGUCGAGAUUGUCCAAUUUUUUAUAUGCGAAUGAAAUCACGUAAAGAUGUUGAUGAAGCAUAUAAAACAAUUCAACGUUUUGGUAAUCCUAAUUGGUAAAUCAAUAAGAAAAUAAAGGAGUCACAUUCAUUGAAUUAGUCUAAUCCAUUGUAAAAAGAACAAACAACAAGAAUAUCCUUUAAGAUCAUUUUAUCCGUAACAUCAUUCUCUCUCAGGUUUUGUUUAGUUCUCUCAUUAUUCCAGAGUUCAAAUCUUUUUUUUUAUUAUUAUAUUUUCUGUUCUAAAGAUUUUUUUUGUUGGUAUUUUGAAAAGUGCAUUUCCAAAUUAUUGUACUUCACAUUUUCAUUGUUUAACAUAUUUUUCUCUUUAUUGUAGUGCACUUUGUUUUGUUAGGAAUUAAAAAAAGAACCCAGGCGAUUGAACACCUUCAAAAUUGGAACAAUUAAGCGGGCGAAACUUUAUCAGUUGAGAUGGCUGGGACACGUGUUACGUAUACUCAAUCAACGACUGCUUCGGCAUGCGAUGUUUUAUGGUGUAGGAGUAGGUUGCAAGAAAGCUAGGGGUGGCCAGACCAAAACAUGGCACAAAUUCAUGAAGUCACUAGACAAGUGAACUGAGCCGUGUUAGUAGGUGUAGACUACCUCGAUUGGAUCCGCAAGACGAUAGCAACCGAUGGUUAGAGACCCUGAAUGACAUGGCUCAAAAUCGUUUGCGAUGACGCAGGUGCAUACACUCUGUGUUCUCCCAAAUUCUAAUCUUCUGAAUUAUUCAUGUCCCUUUCUUUUUUCUCUUUCCAAAUUUAUUUCACUGGAUUAUACUCUUUAAAUAACAUCUUCAAACCCUAAUCUUUCCGAUUACUGCUUAAACUCUUACCACCUCUACCACUAUGGGUUUUGAAUCGACAACUGCAUUUCUGUGCUAAUGUGGUGUGGCAACUCGAAGUGAUAUACGUACGUACGAAGUUCUAAAGUUGUUAUUGACUGAUGAAAAAACCAAUUAGAUCUAAGAUAACAGGUUUUGAAUUUUGACACAUAAUUCACUCAUCCAUUUGACUAAAUUCAGAGUCUUGGCAUUAUAGCUGAUGUCAGUUCGUAAUGAAAACCUUUAAAUCUAAUUUCUAACAUUAACCGUCAACUGUAAAUCACAAUUCUAAUUUAUCACCUUCAUUUGAUCCUAGUUAUCAGCUGGACAGUCUCAAGGUCAGUCUACGUCGUCCAUAAAUUAUAGUCCCACCCAAGUAGGCUAUUCAACUUAAUAAACUUCAUGUUUUUGUAUAGUUACUAGAGAGAAUGGAUAAUAAUCGGAUAACAGAACUUCUCAUUGUUUAUGGUAAAUAUGUAAGAUUCUGAUUGGAAAAUAAACGAAUUAUAAUCCAUAUAAAGAUCAAAGUGAACUAAUCUAGUAGUGGACGUUUAAUGCUGGUAUUGGUGGAUUCAUUUAUUGAUCACAGCACAAAUUUGUACGUUUAAAGAUAAGGAUGUAAUUAUAUCGAUGUCCUCCUAAAAUGUCACCCUCAUAAGAGCAUGUAUUGAAAGGAUGUGCAUCAAUCAACCAUGUUCGGACUUCAGAAAACACCAAAAAGGCGACUUAGUGUAAUUUAGGUCUAAAUAUUGCUUACGUUUGUAAAUAUUUUUUAGCUUUCUUUAAUAUACGGAUUCAUACUGUGCCGUGUUGGUUAUGCAGUUGAGUAUCGAUCUGUUUCUAUAAUCUACAACUAGUAUCCUGGAUCUAAGCAACAAACUUUCCAAUUUUCUAUUUGUUUAGACUGAAAUCCUUUUAUAAAGCACGUUUGAAUGAGUGGGUCCAAUAAGUUAUCUAAAGCCUCUCUGCCUCAUUGCUCGUUCUCACUACCAAAAAAUCAGCGUCUUUGCUGUCUCCUAAGUACUUUUAUUCCAUUAUGACGAGUCAAAAAACAUGUAUUUUGGGACCGAGCUCGUAACAUUUUGUAGUCUUAAAUGCUUCACUUCAAAAUAAACAUUAUUCUACAUCAGAGAUCUUGAGUGCUGUUAGAGGUAUGAGGGCGGUUAUCACUUCCCGACUGCCCACAUCGUGGAAG